AUGAAGUUAAGCUAAAAGCAUAUUCAAGAAUAAAUUUAGGGCAUUUUUGAUAGCAUUCAUCAAAAAAAAAGCAUAAAAGAAUAAAUUAUUAAACUUAGCGAUAUUGGUAAAUUAUAUGGGUUUGGGGAUGAUAAUAACAUUCGUCUGAAAGCCUAUCAGAUACUGCUAGGAAUUUCAGAUGAAGAAAUAAACUAGACAUUUACAUACACAAAAAAUGAUAAUUUUGAGGAUGGAGAUUGUUACAAAUAAAUAUUAAGAGAUUGCAAUGGGUCUUUUAAGCUAUUAGACGUUUGUCUAGAUAAGGAUGAAUAAUAAAUAUAAAAUCUUAGAAAUUAACUUAUUUUGAUGGUUAGUAAACUAUUUAAAGAAAAUACUUCUUAUUCAUAUUAUAGAGGAUAUGAAAAUUUUUGUAGCAUAUUCUUAUGGAAUUUUGGUAUAGAUAAGGGAUAUAAAUUGAUAGAAAGACUUUCAGCUUCUCUUUUAAGAUAAAUUUUUUAUUUUUCAAAGAAAUUUAUUUGA